UUCGAAAGGUUUAACAAAUUUUCAUCGCGAUUGGAAGCAAUGGCACACAACUACGAUGUUAUUUCUGGCAGCUUCAUUUUUGGAGAGGGAGAGAAUAGGAAGGUGUUGUCCUUAGAGGACGAGGAUGUGGCUCGUUUUUAUGCCCUUCCUCACGUUGGGGAAGAAAUAGUGCUGGAGAAGUGCCUGUACAAAACCAAGUUGUCGGCUUUUCAAGCCGAGAUUGGGAUGGGAGGAAACAGGUGCCGGAAUUUCUCUCUGAGUGAUAUGGUGGACAAGUUAACGGAUGAGAAUGCUAGGCCUCCUGUUCGUAAGGCGGUCAAGCAGUUCAUCCUGCUUGCCCUUGCCUCACUGCUGCGACCAUCAUGGUCACGGAUUUGUGAGCUUGACUAUGCAGAGUUUCUCCUUGGGAAGAUUGAGCGGGUAAAAUGCUACAACGGGUCCGGUCUUGUUGUAGCGGAACUGAAGAGUAGUCUUGCUUCAUUUCAAGGAAAGGCAUUCCUUGACUGGGUCCAUGGAGAUGUCCACUUCCUCAUUGUCCAUUUGUUGGAUUUUUUGAAGGUCAAAGGUGUUGGGACCUUCAUCACCCCAACCUGUAGCUACUGGUUCAAGGAUCGUCAAAUGAAGGUUGUUGAAGCCAUCCAUGCCAUGGGCAGUGGGGGGAUAGCAGAUUUGUUGAUGACAAGACCAGAGAUUCAACAGAGGUUUGGUGGUUCUGUUGGAGAUAAAGGGCAAAGCAGCACACAGGCUCCUGAUGCUCCUGAAUUUUACAACUCUUCUUGGUGGGAAAAGAACGACUUGGAGCGCAUGGAUGAAGAUCAGCUUAAGGUGUUGAAGUGCAUGAGUGAGUCCAUGUUCAAUAAGUGGAAGGCACGGCUUGCAAGAUUGGAAACAUGGAGCCCCAAUGUGGAGAGGAAUGAGUAGCUUUCAUGAAAUUGGAUGUAAUAGAUGUUGAGAUUUGGG